AAACAAAAAACAGUAAACGACAUAAAAUGACUGAAACGACAGCGAAAGUAUUCAAACCUAAAACCACCUCUAAAACCCUACAAUACUUGCUUUGCUACGCUCAGAACUUUGCCCCCUGUCCCCAAUUAACCCCAGCUCGGAUCAUUUCAUUUCCAGAAACCCUAGAAAAUGUCGUCCUCGAGCUCCAUUCGCCAUCUUCGCCAUUUCUCGUCCACCGCCAAAUCUGCAAUCUCCAUCUCCAAAGCAAAGUUGAAGCUCCGAAGCGAGUAUGAUCCAGACAAAGCGCUCGAAAUCUACUCCUCCGUUUCCGAUCACUAUUCCUCUCCCACCAUCUCUCGCUAUGCUCAGGACCUCACUAUUCGUCGCCUCGCCAAGUCCCGACGCUUCGCCGAUAUCGAAACUCUUAUCGAGUCUCAUAAAAAGGAUCCCAAAAUCAAGCAAGAACCUUACUUGUCUACUCUCAUUCGAUCGUACGGAAGAGCUGGAAUGUUCGACCAAGCCAUGCGGACCUUUGAACAAAUGGACGAAUUGGGCACUCCCAGGUCGGUAAUAUCUUUCAAUUCCCUUUUAACUGCAUGUAAUCAUUCGAAACUGUUUGAUAAAGUGCCUGAGUUGUUUAACGACCUUCCUAAGAAAUACGGCGUUUUGCCGGAUAAAGUGACUUAUGGCAUAUUGGUCCGGUCGUAUUGCGAGGCGGGUACACCUGAGAAGGCCCUUGAGAUCGUGGCAGAUAUGGAGAAGAAUGAUCUCGAGGUUACUGCAGUAACUUAUACGACCAUAAUGGAUGCCAUGUACAAGAAGGGUCAGGCUGAGGAAGCGGAUAAAUUGUGGAAUACUAUGCUGGAUAAGGGUUGUGAAGUUGAUGUUACAGCUUACAAUGUUAGAAUGAUGCAUUCCCAUGGCGGUGAACCAGAGACUGUCAAGGCUAUGAUUGAAGAAAUGAGGAAUGCUGGGCUUAAACCUGAUGCCAUUAGCUACAAUUACUUGAUGACUAGUUACUGCAAGAGUGGGAUGUUGGAUGAAGCUAAGAAAGUAUUUGAUGGGCUUGAGGGAAAUGGGUGUAAUCCUAAUGCGGCGACAUUUAGAUCUUUGAUAUACUAUUUGUGUAGGAAUGAGGAUUUUGAUAAAGGGUACAAAAUUUUCAAGAAGAGUGUGCAGGUACAUAAGAUUCCGGAUUUCAACACAUUGAAACAUUUGGUGGAGGGGUUAGUGAAGAAAAAGAAGAUUAAGGAAGCGAAAGGAAUGAUCCGGACUAUUAAAAAGAAAUUCCCUCCUAAUGUCUUGGUUUCUUGGGGGAAAGUUGAAGAGAGCCUUGGUUUGGCUUCUGCUUCUUCUGAGGCUCAUGCAGCUACGGAUGAGGAUGAAGAGGCUGCUGCAUGAGUAUUUAGUAUUAUUUGACGGAUUCGUUCCUUUAAUCUGGCUGGCUACUGCAUGUGAUGAUGAUCUGUUUGAAUUGUUAACUACAGGCAGUGCAGAUAUAGAGUUUAUCUUUGAAUUGACUACUGUGAUUGCAAGUUUGGAACUAGCAUGAUGUUAUCAUAAAAGUGUAAAAGCUUUAGUUUUUUUUUAUUAGUGAUGGGAACUCAGAGUUAGCCUUUUCCAAUGCUUAUUCUGCCAUUUUGUUGUAGCUGUUCAGAGCUUCAUCAUUUCACUGCUAGUGAAAAAUUACAUUCUUUUUCCACCA